AUGGCUUCCUCCGGAACUGAGAACUCGGCAUACGUGCUGGGUGUCGGCAUGACCAAGUUCAUCAAGCCCCGCGGUUUGCGUGAGUAUCCAGAUAUGGGCUACGAAGCUGGUAUCAAAGCCAUGUUGGAUGCUCAGAUCAACUACGACGAUGUCCAACAUGGCGUGGCCUGUUUCGCGUACGGUGACUCCACCUCGGGUCAGCGUGUCUUUUACCAGUUUGGCAUGUCCUCUAUCCCCAUCAUCAACACCGCCAAUGCUUGUGCCACUGGCUCUGUCGGCCUAUAUUUGGCCCGUACCCUUGUGCGGAGUGGGGCAGUUGACUGCGUCCUCGUGGUCGGCUUUGAGAAAAUGAAGCCCGGCAGUCUCAAGAGCGUCUGGGACGACAGACCAAGUUCAAGCGGCCGAUUUGCAGCCAAGCUGGCAGACCUCUCCCCUCUCAACAAGGCCGCCCCCUUGACAGCACAGUAUUUUGGAAACGCAGGCCGGGAAUAUAUGGAAAAAUAUGGAGCCGAGGCGUCGGACUUUGCCGAGAUUGGCCGCAUCUCGCAUGAGCAUUCGCAGAGAAAUCCAUACGCACAGUUCCGCCAGUCGUACACCCUGCAGCAGAUCAAAGACUCACCAACCAUUCAUUAUCCGUUGACAAAGCUACAAUGCAGUCCUACAAGCGACGGGGGUGCCGCUGCGGUUAUCGUCUCGCAGCGCUUCCUCGAUGCGAGACCGCACCUCAAGGGCCAAGCUAUCUUGAUGGCCGGUCAGGCCUUCCUUACGGACUCCCCUAAAGCCUUUGGCACCAGUGCAAUUGAGCUGGUCGGCUAUGACAUGACGCAGCGGGCCGCUCGUGCUGCCCUGAAAGAGGCUGGCGUCCGACCUAGCGAUAUCAAGGUGUGCGAGCUUCACGACUGCUUCUCGACCAACGAGCUGCUUCUUCUCGAUGCGCUGGAUCUCUGCGAGCCUGGUAAGGCCCACCAGAUGGUUCGCCGCGGCGACAUUACUUAUGGUGGCCGGAUGGUCGUGAACCCGUCUGGGGGUCUCAUUUCCAAGGGACAUCCCAUCGGAGCCACCGGACUAGCCCAGUGUGCCGAGCUUAGCUGGCACCUCCGCGGGUGGGCCAACAAUAGGCUCGUCGACGGCACGGACGUUGCACUGCAGCACAACCUGGGUCUUGGCGGGGCGGUUGUGAUCAACGUAUACAAGCGGGCUGAUGGGAAGACGAACUCGAGGGUGCCCAGUGAUGAGGUUGCGCGGACCUCCUGGCUCGGCUACAACCCUGCAGUCGAAGCCCGCGGCAUAACCGACAAGGACGCGGAUCGGGUGUCACCUCGGCUUUCAGUUGGGGGCUACAACUUCAAACUGGUCCUCCCCAUCCCCAUUCACCUUGCGCCUCUCCUCCCGCAAGAACUCCCUCAACACUCAACAUACCGCCUCACUACGACACCUUACAUGGCAUUCGCGGGCAAGGUGAUUGCUGUUACUGGCGGCGGCCAGGGCAUUGGCCUAGUCACCGCGAAGAUUCUCGCCAGCAGGGGUGCAAAGGUGUCCAUUGCCGACGCCAACUCAGUCACACUGGCCCAAGUAGAGAAGGAAUUCCAAGCCAACAACUGGCCCAUACACACCUACACACUCGAUGUCCGAGAUGCGGGCAAGGUGGACCAAUGGGUGGAUUCCGCGGUGCAGAAGUUCGGAAGGCUCGACGGUGCCGUCAACGCCGCUGGUGUGAUUGGCAAGCACUAUGGGCAGAAGCCAGUUGGCGAGCAAGACGAGGACGACUGGAACUUCGUUCUGGGCGUCAAUGUAACCGGAAUGAUGCACUGCCUCCGUGCCGAGUUCAAGCACAUCGCUGACGGGGGGAGCAUUGUCAAUAUCUCUUCGCACCAAGGAUCGGAAGGUGGCCCGGGCUGUGCUGCGUAUUCGACCUCGAAGCACGCCGUUCUGGGUCUCACAAAGUGUGCUGCACUGGACUACGGCUCUCGCAAGAUUAGGGUCAAUGCCGUCGCCCCUGCCGGGACUUUUGGGCCUCUCAUGUCGAGUGUUGUCGGAGACAAUCCCCCUCCCAUCAGCAACGCCUUGAAGAAGUAUGGAACGCCAGAGGAAGUGGCCUAUAUGAUCAUUUGGCUCCUGGGCUCGGAGAGCACGCACUGCUCUGGCGAAUUAUACCGCGUAGAUGGUGGCAUUUUUGCAUAG